AUGAACGUUCUGCACACCGUCUCCGUUGAUGGGCGCGUCUGCUGCGCGGCCAACGACGAGGUAUGGGUAGCGAAGCAGAGCGGCGGCAUCACCGUCUUCUCGGCGCGCUCCGGCGAGCACUUGAUAGACAUCGCCCUCAAGGCCGACGACGGCGCAGUGGCGGCGCAGGUCACACACAUGAUGGCGGUCUUUGGGGAGGUGUGGGUGAGCACCACAGAGGGGUGCGUGCACUUCUACAAUCUUGCUACGCACACGUUGGUGGACUCAUUGCUCGUUCCCGGGGCGGAGAAGAAGGUCCAGGUGGUGAAUCUCUCUUUCAACGGCCAUAUCGCCGUCAUUGCCACCGCCAGCAGCUCUGUGUACGUUCAUCACCCACUGACUCAUAAGCGACUCGGCACCCUUUCCACGUCCACUUCCCCCUGCACGGCAGCAAUUCAGUUCUAUAGCUUCGUCGUUGGCGGUGAUGCGAGCGGCGCCUUGUACCUAUGGGACCCGGUGACAGCUGAGUGUGUCAUCUACCACGGCGAGAGCCGGAGUGAGGUCGUGGCGCUUCUGCACGAGCCCACAACCGGCACCAUAUGGGUGUCACGAGCGAAUGAGCACGUGGACGUGUACGCAGUCGAGGACGGAGCUCUGCAACUGCGACAUCGGGUGAGCGGGAUCGGGCGAGUCACGGGGAUGGUGGCGGUGUCUGGCACUGUGGUGACGACCACCUUCACGAAGCGUGUUGUGCAGAUCGAGGCAUCGACGGCGAGGAUCACCGUCAAUGUGGAGGGUGCGCACGAGAGGUUCAUCCACGGCUGCUGCAAGGCGAUGCACCAGGAGGUGGCGCAGGUCUGGAGUGUCGGCAAUGAUGGUGCGCUGCGCGUCUGGAAUGUCACAGGGCAGCAGGUGCCGGUAGUGCCUCUGCCCCACCUACCGCCUGCUACGCAAGCCGCGCUCACCUCCUCCUUGGAGGCUAAGUCUGAUGUACCGCAGUGCGCACUGUGGACUGGAGGGCGGGCACAGCGGUACCACCAGGUGAGCGUGGCAGACGAGCUCAUGAAGGCGCGUGAGGAGGCGCAAGAGCUGCGACUGCGCCUCCUCACGGAGGAGAAGAGGCGGCUUAUGCUGGAUGCGGAGCUGACAGCAGAGCGGACGCAUUACAAGAAGUUGGAGGAGCACAAUGCAAACCUCGCGAAGGAGGUGGCAGAUGUUGCGUCUAAAAUGGCCAUUGCCGAGCGGGAGCGCAACCACCUGCGAGUCGAGGUAACGCAGCUCAAGACGGACCUCUCCAAAGCCCGCACAGAGACGAGUACCAAGGAGAUAGAGAAGUUGAGCGUGGAGAGGCAGCUCUCGGAGGAGCGCACAAACAAGAACAUUAUGGAGCAGCGGCUGCGCGAUGCGGAAGGGAAGCUGAGCUCGCUGCAGGUGGAGCACCGCCGCGUGUGUGAGGCCAGGGGUAGUGCUACUGCCAACCAACAGAUGAGCAAGGCGGCCCAGGACGAUUUGGCGAAGGGCAGCGCUGGGCUGACUACGGAGCUGGAGCAGGCGCGCAAGAUGAAUGCGCUAAUGAGCUCCGCCAUCGCAUCGAUGGAGUACACCAUUCGCCGCCAUGAAGAGGAGGACCGCGACUUGGUGGCACUGCUGAACGCCUUUCGUCGUCGCGUUGCUGACUGUGUCACCGACCCGCAUCUCUCUGCACUUCUCCUUGCCACCAUCGUGCGCAAUGCCCCGCGCUUCGACCUUCCGUGCGACGAGGUCACCAAGGCGCAGCUGAUGGAGCGCAACAGACCAUUCCUGCAAUUCAUUCAGUCCCUUCGUGCCACCGAUCCGGAGGCAUACCAGAAGCUCAUGCAGUACCUGCAGAACCCCUCUAUUGGCCAGGGGCUGUCGGCUGAGGCGCAGGCGCUGCUUGACCGCAUCAUCACACUGGCCGCGAAGGAGGGCGGGGUGCCGGGUGAGGAUAUCGCCAACUUCAAAAAGACAAUUCCCAACUUAACAAGCUCGGCCGCCUUGCAGAGCGCCGGUCUCGGAGGAAGUGGCUGCGCCCCCCCUGGCGGCGAUGCACGGGCACCGGGCGGGCUCCUUGGCAGCGGCAACAGUGAUCUUACAACAGCCGACGAGGUCGUGAACAACGUCCUGGUCCGCGAGCUGCGUGGACAGCAGCUGAUAGAUGAGAACUAUAUUCGUGAGCAGCAGGCAAUGUUCGAGUUCAUUCUAAAGACGCGCCGGCUGCUCGUCGAGAGCCUUGUUCUUCUGCACAAACGAACAGUGAGCGCGCGGCAGGUGGUGGAGGCGCUCUGUCUGAACAGCUCAGCAGUCAUCACUUCUGCGCCUGCUACGACGCCAUCACGCAAGAGCUUCCAGGCACUGCAGAACAUCUUCAGCGACGUUGUUCGUGAGCUGGAGCAGCUGACCUCCGAAGUAGUCCAGCGCUACCUCACUGGAGCUGAGAAGCAGCGUCUUGAUGUGGGGCAGUAA